AUGGCAGCUUCAGCUCGUCUUCAAAAAGAACUAGAAAUUCAAUCAAGAAACAUUUUGGCGACAACAAAAGACCCGUUGGAACGUCUGCGUGCAGCAUGCUUGGCUCGAGGAGCACAAGGUAUUAAAGGCUUAUCAAUCUUAUUUCGAAUUAUGGACGAUGACAGAAAUAGAAAGCUAAGUUUGGACGAAUUUCGAAAAGGUGUUGAAGAAUAUGGCUUAAACUUUUCGAAAACUGAAAUUUCAGAGUUAUUUCGUUUAAUCGAUGUUGAUCAAAGUGGUAGUGUUGAUUAUGAAGAAUUUCUACGCAAAUUACGACCUGCCAUGAAUAAUUUUCGACUUGAUCUAAUUGCUAGAGCUUUUGCUAAACUUGAUAAAAAUCAUGAUGGUCAAAUAACAAUUGAAGAUUUGCGUGGUGUGUAUGAUGUGAAAAAACAUCCCAAAUAUCUCAAUGGUGAAUGGAGUCAAGAUGAAGUAUUACGACAUUUUCUUGACUGUUUUGAUUAUGGAAAACAUAAAGAUGGUGUUGUAACACGUGAGGAAUUUGUCGAUUAUUAUGCGGGUGUCAGUGCGUCAAUUGAUAAUGAUAUGUAUUUCGAUUUAAUGAUGCGAAAUUCAUGGAAAAUUUAA